AUGAGUUCCAAGUCAAAAUCCAUUGGGAUCAUCGGAGUGCCUUUCUCAAAGGGCCAGCCACGAGGAGGCGUGGAAGAAGGCCCUACCGUAUUGAGAAAGGCUGGCCUGCUUGAGAAACUUAAAGAACAAGGGUGUGAUGUGAAAGAUUACGGGGACCUGCCCUUUGUUGACGUCCCUAAUGAUCCUCCCUUUGAAAUUGUGAAGAAUCCAAGGUCUGUGGGAAAAGCGAAUGAGCAGCUGGCUGGUGUGGUGGCAGAGGUGAAGAAGAAUGGAAGGACCAGCCUGGUGCUGGGCGGAGACCACAGUAUGGCGAUUGGAAGCAUCUCUGGCCAUGCCAGGGUCCACCCAGAUCUCUGCGUCAUUUGGGUGGAUGCUCACACUGAUAUCAACACUCCACUGACAACCACAAGUGGGAACUUACACGGACAACCUGUGUCUUUCCUCCUGAAGGAACUAAAAGGAAAGAUCCCUGAUGUACCAGGAUUCUCGUGGGUGACUCCCUGCAUAUCUGCCAAAGAUAUUGUGUAUAUUGGCCUGAGAGACGUGGAUCCUGGGGAACACUAUAUUUUGAAAACUCUGGGUAUUAAGUAUUUUUCAAUGACUGAAGUGGAUAAACUGGGCAUUGGCAAGGUGAUGGAAGAAGCACUCAGCUACCUACUAGGAAGAAAGAAAAGGCCAAUUCAUUUGAGCUUCGAUGUUGAUGGACUGGACCCAUCCUUCACACCAGCUACUGGCACACCAGUCCCGGGAGGUCUGACUUACAGAGAAGGUCUCUACAUUACAGAAGAAAUUUACAAAACAGGGCUACUCUCAGGAUUAGAUAUAAUGGAAGUGAACCCAUCUCUGGGGAAGACACCGGAAGAAGUAACUCGAACAGUGAACACAGCAGUAACAGUAACCUUGGCUUGCUUUGGAGUUGCUCGGGAGGGUAAUCAUAAGCCUAUUGACUACCUUAACCCACCUAAGUAA